GGUCUUGCAGAUGCACUUUUCCCUCUCACACACCCCUCAGGGGUGUGGAUUGCAGACAGAAUCCACUGGAUCUAUCCUGCCUGAGCAUUUGGUAACAGUGUGCCAAAAGUGGAGGUAGAACUCUCUGCUGAGGCAUUUGAAUACUAAUUAGUGGUUUCAAAAGAGGUGAUAUUCUGAUUGGAAAGGAAUUGAAGGUAGACAGGGUUUAUGCUGUCACAGUUUCUGGAAUCAUAACAUUGUUAAGCUCUAGUCCAAAAAUUACAAAGAUGGUAAAUUUCUUUAAAAAUCUGAGCCCAGCACGAAGAAAACAAACAACUUAAAUCAAAGUUCAGAGGGAAAGAGUGAUAAGAAUUUUGAUCUAUAGGAUGUUAUUAUUAUUGGAUGUUGUUUGAAAGCAUGGAUUUGCUCAACAGCUUUGCUUAGGGGACCUGACAGUGCAGUUCUGCUGUUACUUAGUUCAGUGCAGCUUUCUGAAAACUGCUGUCUAAAAUUUCUCAUAAUCUGUGUCCUCAGGAGGCACUGGGGCAAUGCUUUUCAUGAAAACAGUUUGUCAUUUUGGUGCUUUCCAUUAUGAGGAAAUGUGAAGAAGUCAAGAUAUUGCAACAUGCCUAAAAAGAAGACUGGUGCUCGUAAGAAAGCUGAGAACCGUCGGGAACGUGAGAAGCAGAUCAGGGCUUCACGAGCCAACAUAGACUUGGCCAAACAUCCUUGUAAUGCUUCAAUGGAAUGUGAUAAGUGCCAAAGACGACAGAAGAAUAGAGCUUUUUGUUACUUCUGUAAUUCAGUUCAGAAAUUGCCCAUUUGUGCACAAUGUGGAAAAACCAAAUGCAUGAUGAAGUCUUCAGACUGUGUUAUAAAACAUGCUGGUGUGUACAGUACUGGACUAGCUAUGGUGGGUGCAAUCUGUGAUUUCUGUGAAGCCUGGGUGUGCCAUGGGAGGAAGUGUCUCAGCACCCAUGCGUGUAUGUGCCCUCUGGCAGAUGCAGAAUGCAUUGAGUGUGAAAGAAGUGUCUGGGACCACGGAGGCAGAAUAUUUGCCUGCUCUUUUUGCCAUGAUUUCCUCUGUGAAGAUGAUCAGUUUGAACAUCAAGCCAGCUGCCAAGUUUUGGAAGCAGAGACAUUUAAAUGUGUCUCCUGUAACAGGCUGGGGCAGCAUUCCUGCCUGCGUUGUAAGGCUUGUUUUUGUGACGAUCAUGUGAGAAGUAAGGUUUUCAAGCAGGAAAAAGGGAAAAAGCCUCCUUGCCCUAAAUGUGGCCAUGAAACUCAGCAGACAAAGGAUCUGAGCAUGUCAACACGCUCUCUGAAGUUUGGCCGCCAGACUGGAGGAGAAGAUACAGAUGGAGCUUCUGGUUAUGAUGCCUACUGGAAAAACCUUUCCUCCAACAAGAGUGGGGAUGCAGGUGACCGUGAGGAUGAAUAUGAUGAGUAUGAAGCAGAAGAUGAUGAUGAAGAUGACAAUGAUGAGCGAGGGAAAGAUUCAGAUUCUGAGGCCACGGAUGUGUUCAGCAAUUUGAAUUUAGGAAGGACCUAUGCUAGUGGGUAUGCACAUUAUGAGGAAUCAGAAGAUUAAGCUUAGUAUGCUGGCAAGCUAAAAACAUUUGGAAGGAGCCAAGCAAUGCUUCACUGAGUUGUGUACAUGCCAGUAGGAUAGCUCUAUCAGGUACUUACAUAUCAGAGUUAGAGAGUAAAGAGUGUGAGACUUCUGCAGUAACUCCAAAGGACAUUUUUCUUGAGAUGAACUGAUGAUGGGUUUGGGACUGGGGGAGAAUAUAGGGAUAUUUUUAUUCCCCUAAACAGAACGGUUUUGUCCUUGAGUUACUCAGUAUGUAUGGUUCAAUGCCACUUUCUCCUAUCAACACAGGAAUGUGGGAAAGCUGUAGAACUUGCUUCCAUUUGCCCACCAGAAAUUAAGUUAUUUUUUACAAUAAUUUUGUUAACUGAUUUCGUACAUUAAUGCAGUGGUGGGUUUGUGGCUGCAUCUUUUUGGUCUGCACAAUAAAAGUCAACUGCAUUCUCUAAUGAACUGUCAUAAAUAUUGAUCUCCCUUGAAUAGUAGGAAAGCAGGUUGUAUACAAAGUGUAAAUUGACACUGAAAUUACUUCCUUGUUUAUGUCAGUAUGGCAGAUCAAUGUAGUUCUCUGUGUAUUUGCACAUCACCUUUUCAGUACUUUUAUUAUUAGAUAUUAAUUGAUGGGGCUGUGUAUAGUCACUGUAAGAGCACCCCAGGUAAUCAAAGCUUUUCUGGAAAUAAAAUGUUGGUAUCCUCUCUGCCACAAAAAUCUGUAAGGCAGUUUCUCAUUAGAUGAAAAGGAGACUUCUGGUUUCUUCUGUACCUAGCCUUCAACUCUUUUCCUUGCAUAUGUUAAAAACAACAAAAAAAAAAAAGAUAGGAAAGAACGUCGUGUAUGAACUGAGAAGGAGAAAACAUGGAGGGUUCAAAAUGCUGGGUCCAAAUUCUGUUCUAUGCAAGCUUGCCAGUACAAGGCAAAUGAUCAGCACUUCUGAGCUGAGAAGGUGACACCUGCAGAAGUGUUUGCAGUGGUUCUGAUUUGAAAGGGAACAUGUUAAUUACCCAUCUACAGAUCCAAGUGAUGGCAUUUAUUUUCCCUCUGUAGGGGAAUGUUUUACAGCAGACAGAUCAUGAUACAAGGGCAGCCACCUAAAGUGUUGCUCCAGCUUUCUAAAUGCCACGCUUUAAUGCAAAAGAGCCCUUUUUGUUACCUGUCAAAUACUGAACUGAUUAUAUCAUUACCUGCUUUUGUGGUGUUUCUCUACUCUUUCUUAACAGCUAAAGGUCAUGUGUUGGCAGAGCAUACCCUAUUGAGAAUCGUUUUUAAUGAUGUUAGGAUUGCCAAAUUAACAUUUCAUAGCAAAACAGGA